AUGCCGCCUGUCACCAACGGUCAAUUCUCCUUCAAUGUCGACACAUUCUAUGUCACCGCAUCUGGAGGACAGAUCCACCGUCGUGCUGCGCCGGCUGAGAUAAAGGCCCUAUAUGAUACCGCGACUACCGACAAGAGCACACCAGACCACCCAGGUCAUUGGUAUGAAGCACAGCUCCUUCAUUAUGGCCUGCCACCGUCGAAGGUCAAGGCGACUGCUAAGAUGAGGCUCCUGAAAGCCCUGCAAGACGGGGCAUUGACUGUCCCCAAGGAAAGCCUACAAAUCGAAAAGAAUCUGAAGAAAGAAUGGAAGAAACAGGGUUCGGAGGAGCAGCCACAAGUCAAUAUCAAAAUCACAACGACGAAAUAUGUUACCACCAAGACAAUUACAACAUCUAAGACUGUUGUAUCCAAAAACAUUGAGAGCAAGACUACUGCACUCAAAGCCGCAGCCAAACCUGUGGCGACAAAGGCUGCUGCCAAAGCCACAGCUGUGAAAACUGCGGCCACUAAAGCUGUUAUGCCCAAAACCGCUUUCCAUAAGAAGAAUACCGCCCCUAAGACCGUUGUGCCCAAAGCCACUGCAGUAAAACCGGUUGCGACCAAGGCUGCGAUUAAGGCUGCUGAUAAACCCGCUGCUGUCAAGCCUGCUACACCUAAAUUUGCCCCAGUCAAGAGAAAAAGGGUGUUGAAUGAUGAGGAGAAACCCAAUCAAUCACAGACCGCCAAACGUCGCGUGCAUGGCAAAAAGACACAAGACAACAGGAAGGAUUCCGAGCCGAGUGGAUGGCCUGAGCAGCCUGAGUAUGAUGAUGUGCCUCCAUCGUAUGAAUACGCCUGCGGAAUAGUAAAUAUCUCCUCCACCAUUCACAAACACAAAGGGCACGCAACUAAUUUACCCGAGCAGAACGGAGAACAACCUUACGAUGCUCUAGAUGACCCGAUGGACAUUGACUAUGCGAGCGCGUCCGGGGCAUUUGACCCACCAUCUCCACCCCGAACCCUGAAAUGCACCCUGGGCCUACUCAAUGGGACGUACAAAGUCCAUUCCUUCGAUAUUGAAGACAACUGGCCGCACGCUAUGCCGUCUGACGGAAUUACCUUAUCCUUGCGCCUCAAUGGAAAGGAGAUCUGGGGGACAUACGAGUUCGGAAUGUUUGAGGGUGUACUGUGGAUGCCAGAACGACCUAUGAAACCCUCCUUUGACAAAGUUCCGUUUAAGUGGCGUGGGAGAGAGACCGGUGAGGGUGAAAUGAGCUUUGCAGAUGACCAGGAAGGUUGGAUUGAGUUUUUGGGUGAUGGUGAUAUUAUUGGAAUGAUAAGCUGCUGCGGAGAUUUGCAUUUCCGAGGGCAACGGAUCGAUAAUUGUGUCCGAACAGCCAGUGAUCUGCGUGAUGAAUGGGAUGGCUACAAUGAAGAAGAAUAUGGGCGUGAGAGCAGAGCCCGGUGGGGUGGGUGGUAA